CGAGAGCGCGCGGCGGAGGCAGGGGCCUCGGUGUCAUGGCGGCGCCGCGUGCGAGAUAAGUCAUGUUACAGAGUUCCUCCAAGACCAGUUCUCCUGGUAGAAUUUCAUCGGAUCCCUCAUGCUGAGUUGGCAUUUCAAAGCUAUUCAUGGGACAUUAGUGAUAAUGAAUAAUAAAAUAAGUUAUUUGUUAAGCACUGUUAGGUGCAUGCAUAGGUGUAAUUCUGUGCUCGCUCCCAAAUCUUCAGCCACAACCAGAAAACACGUGUUAUGGAUUUGCAGGUACAGGGAGCCCCUGGAAAAUGUGAACUUCAGACGAUUACUGUUAAAUAUUUUUCCUCCUUUUCGUGGCCCAUCUCAUCGAUUUCUAUCUCAAAAAACAGAUGUUUUUAGUACAGGUGCUAAAAUAGAACCAGAGAAGAGUACAGAGGCUUUGAUAACUGAGGAGACUCCCCAGAGCUCCUUGGAACUUGAAAAGUUAGAUGAUUCUGGGAGCCCCAAAGAGAAGCGUGUAGGGCAUCGUAGUGAACUAUUCUAUAGUAGUCUCCAGAAAUGUACAUGUCCUAGUGAUGCACUGGACUUGUAUGAGUCUGCUGUUUCCAUUAAGCAUUUCACAAACUGUUUAACUACGGUGUGGAAGCUCUUCAAAAACCUGUCUGAAGAGCAGCAGCGAUAUGAGAAGCAGCUGAUCUUUGAGCACCCGGCUUUUGUCAAGCUUUGUCAGCAGCUGCUGCGGGAUGCCCGAAGGAUGAUGCGGGGUGACCUGGUGUUCAGUCUGCAUGCCCUGGUGAACCUGGGUGUUCCUCAGAACACUCUCCUGGUCCAGACUUUGGUGAGGGUGUGCCAAGAGAAACUCAACCAAUUUGAUAACCGAUGCAUCUCAGUUUUGGCAACUACUUUAGCAGGGAUGGAUAAAGACAAGAAUGUGAGCGCUCUUCAAGCUGGAUUACAAUUGCUCGUGGAGCAGCGUGUUACAAGUAUCAGAGACAUCUUUAUACUGCAUAACCUGAUGAAAUGCAUGGGAAGAGAUGCUCCAGUCUUUCUGAAAAAGAAAUUAGAGAUGGCAGUUUUGAAAGAGGUAGACCAUCUGACUUUCCCGAAUGCUCUCCGUAUGUUUUUGGCUCUUGUUGCAAUGGAUUAUUGUUCCAUUCCAAUCCUGAAUGCCUGCAGUAUAAAGAUCCAGGAGCAUAUCCAUGAUAUGCCAUUUCGGCAGCUAAUUGUCGUUCUGGAAGCUUGUUACAGUCUCCACUACCGUAAUGUGAAACUGUUUUCAGCAUUAGCAGACUAUGUUAAUUCUACCGCCAGCAUCUGGGACAAAAGACAGAUUAUGCUUUUUCUUUCUGCCUGCGAGACACUUGGCUUUCAGCCUACUGAGCUGAUGGGUACUUUUGCUGAGAAGGUGACAGAAGACCCUGAAUUCCUCAACUUGAAAAACCUUAUGAUUGUUCUCCGAGUAUAUUCACGACUGAACUAUGUUCCCAGAGACCAAAAGCAUCUGUUUUUUGAGACUCUUCAUAGCUGCUUGAAUAAGUUCCUCCCUCAGAUUCCCAACACAGAACUGCUGAAGGCGACAUAUUCAUUUUGCAUCUUAGGAUAUCUUCCUCAUCAUGCACUUGAUACACUGAUGCAAAAGGACAGCAGGAAUGAGCUACUACUGUCAGAUAAUCUUCACAAAGAACAAAAGGAAAUUAUGCUUCGUUGUGUGAAAGUGUGUAUGGAACUUGAUAGCCCUUCCUUCACAAAGCCUGCAUUUGUGCUGACUGAGAAUUCCUCCUCAUUAGUAUCUCUUAAUCUCAGAAAGGCUCGGGAGGCACUGAUAGAACUUCUGGGAGAUGAGAACAUGUUUCAGCAAAAUGUUCAGCUUCCAUAUAAAUAUCAUAUUGAUUUUGAAAUCAGAAUGGAUUUAGACAGAAAGAAGGUGCUCCCGAUACCUGCAACAGAUGAUCACACUGACUCAAGUGUUCAAAGACUGGCUUUACUCUUUGUUCCUCUGUCUGCCUUCUGUUUGGGUUCAACACACCCCCAAGGGAAGCUGGCAAUGAAGAAGCGACAUCUAAAUAAACUGGGCUAUCAUGUAAUUCUGGUCUUGAACAAGAAGUUUCAGGAAAUGACAAAUGAAGAUGCUGUUGAGUUUUUGAAAGGAAAAAUUUAUCCAGAAAAUCCUUUCCCUCCUUCUGAAGUGACUGUGCAAGAUAAUAAUUAAAAUAAACAUUUUGGGUCUCCUGA